AUGGAUACCGAAAAGUCCGGCGGCCUGAGCGCCGUGAUGAGCGGCAGCGACAACACGUCGGGAGAGGUCAUCACCGGAACGAGAAACGAUUAUGGAGAGACGAAGCGUGGUCUCAGUCCGAGACACGUCCAGUUGAUGGCUAUUGGUGGAUCUAUUGGUACUGGACUCUGGGUCGGAAUCGGUGGUGUUCUCAGCAAGGCCGGCCCGCUGUCCCUGAUUCUGGGGUACGCUUUUUGGGGGCUCCUGUUCAUCUGGCCCCUCAACUUGACUGUGGCUGAGAUGUGCGCCUAUCUGCCCGUUCGUGGAUCGAUCUUCGAGCUGGCCUCGCGGUUCGUCGACCCUGCACUGGGAUUCGCCAUGGGAUGGACCUAUUUCUUCGCCGGCGUGAUGCUUGUGUGUACGGAAUAUUCGGCUGUCGCUACGGUCAUGCAAUACUGGAACGCGGAUAUUAACCCGGCCGCCUGGAUCGCCAUGGCCAUGGUCGUGUGCUUCUUGCUGAACGUUGUGGCUGUCAAAUGGUAUGGAGAAUCCGAGUUCAUCAUGGCCUCGACCAAGGUUAUUCUGUUGUUCGGCCUCUGCCUCAUCACUCUCAUCACCAUGAGUGGAGGCAACCCGCAGCACGACGCCUACGGCUUCCGGAACUGGGGUAGUGGGAACGCCAUGCACGAAUUCUACGCUACAGGCGACACCGGCAGGUUCCUGGGCUGGUUCAAGGUCGUCAUCUACGCCGCCUUCACCAUUGCCGGCCCCGACAUGAUCGCCCUUGCCGCCGGCGAGAUCCAGAACCCUCGCCGAACCAUUCCCCGCGUGGCCAAGCUCAUCUUCUACCGCCUGGUUGGUUUCUACAUUGUUGGAGUCUUGUGCGUCGGUAUCAUCUGCUCGUCCCGCGACCCUUCGCUCUUGGGAGCCAUCGAGAACAGCGAACCCGGUGCGGCCGCGUCCCCCUGGGUUGUUGGUAUCAAGAACCUUCACAUCAAUGUGCUUCCCGACAUUAUCAACGCCUUGAUCAUGAUCUCGGGCUGGUCGUGCGGUAACGCAUACCUCUACUCUUCAUCCCGCACUCUCUACGGCCUGGCCAAAGAUGGGCAAGCCCCCAAGAUCUUCGCCAAGUGCACCAAGUCGGGUGUUCCCAUCUGGUCCGUCGUCGCCGUCUCCCUGAUUUCCUGCAUCACCUUCCUGGUGUCUUCGAACUCAGCCGUCGAGGUCUUCUACUGGUUCGUCGACCUGACCACCACGGCCCUUAUCAUGACCUACACCAUGAUGCUGGUUGCCUUUAUCGGUUUCUACCGCGCACGCAAUGCCCAGGGACUCGACCCGGCAUCGUUGCCGUACCGCGCCCCGUGGGCCCCAUACACCGCCUACCUGGCUCUCGUCUUGGGCGUCCUCGCUCUGAUCUUUGUGGGCUACAACACAUUUGUUCCCUUUGACAGUCGCAGCUUCGUCACCGCCUACUUUGGGCUUUUCUUCGGCAUCUUCAUGUUCAUCGUCUGGAAGGUCGUCAAGCGAACCUCGUUCGUGAAGCCAUCUCAGGCCGACCUGAUCAGCGGUAAGAAGGAGGUCGACGACGAGUGCCGACACUGGGAAGAGGGUGGCAUCGAGGAGGUUGAGAAGGAGCGUCUUGCCCAGAUGAGCUUCGCCAGACGUUGCUGGGAGCGCCUUUGGUAA